AUGUCAGACAGCUCCAGUGCGACGCGCGGUGAUUUCGCGGCCAGGCUAUUGGCGCUUCGACCUCCGGCCACGGCUGGUGAAAAACCAGACCUGCUUUCCAGGCCUUGUGAUGCUCGCAGGAGCCCAGACAGGGUUGCGGAGUGUUUGUUGUUGCCUGGGAAACUGAGCGGCCCAAAGGCUGAAGCUUCAGAGUUGAUGGCGUUGGCUUUCGAUGGUGCAGUGCUUGAGCGUGAAAUGGCCAAAUCGCGGCUUCACGUCGAUCUGAUUUGUUGCUGCCCCCCUUUGCCCUGGAAGCCCGGCGACGCAACGUCUGAGAUCCAGCUUCACGGAUUCUGGAGGGUCAGUGUUGGCCCAGCCUGCCCCGUGAGAGCUUCAGCCGGCGCGGGCCCAGCCCGGUGUGCUCUGCGUCUCGGCCGUCGGCUGCAGGCUGAAAUGGUAGCCGUUGUGAAAACUAAGCCAAGCAGGUCCAAGAAUUGGGCCUUCAGGCGUGAGCUUAUCCAUAUCAUGGCCCCACACGUCUAG